AUGUAUCAGAGGAGUGAGAUCAACACAGGAGUUUACCAGAGGAGGGAAAUCAACACAGGAGUUUACCAGAGGAGGGAAAUCAACACAGGAGUUUACCACAGGAGGGAAAUCAACACAGAAAUUUACCAGAGGAAGGAUAUCAACACAGGAGUUUACCAGAGGAGAGAGAUCAACACAGGUGUUUACCAGAUGAGGGAAAUCAACACAGGAGUUUACCAGAGGAGGGAAAUCAACACAGGAGUUUACCAGAGGACAGAGAUCAACACAGGAGUUUAUCAGCAGAGGGAGAUCAACACAGGAGUUUACCACAGGAGGGACAUCAACACAGGAGUUUACCACAGGAGGGAGAUCAACACAGGAGUUUACCACAGGAGGGAGAUCAACACAGGAGUUUACCAGCAGAGGGAGAUCAACACAGGAGUUUACCACAGGAGGGAGAUCAACACAGGAGUUUACCACAGGAGGGAUAUCAACACAGGUGUUUACCAGAGGAGGGAGAUCAACACAGGAGUUAACCAGAGGAGGGAUAUCAACACAGGAGUUUACCACAGGAGGGAGAUCAACACAGGAGUUUACCAUAGGAGGGAGAUCAACACAGGAGUUUACCACAGGAAGGAAAUCAACACAGGAGUUUACCAGAGGAGGGAAAUCAACACAGGAGUUUACCAGAGGACAGAGAUCAACACAGGAGUUUACCAGCAGAGGGGGAUCAACACAGGAGUUUACCACAGGAGGGAGAUCAACACAGGAGUCGAUCAGAGGAGGUACAUCAACACAGGAGCUUACGAGAGGAGGGAAAUCAACACCGGAGUUUACCAGAGGACGGAGAUCAACACAGGAGUUUCCCAGAGGACAGAGAUCAACUCAGGAGUUUACCAGCAGAGGGGGAUCAACCCAGGAGUUUACCACAGGAGGGCGAUCAACACAGGAGUUUACCACAGGAAGGAAAUCAACACAGGAGCUUACGAGAGGAGGGAAAUCAACACAGGAGUUUACCAGCGGAGGGAGAUCAACACAGGAGUUUACCAGAGGAGGGAUAUCAACACAGGAGUUUACCAGAGGUGGGAGAUCAACAUAGGAUUUAACCAGAGGAGGGAGAUCAACACAGGAGUUUACCAGAGGAGGGAGAUCAACACAGGAGUCGAUCAGAGGAGGUACAUCAACACAGGAGUUUACCAGAGGAGAGAGAUCAAUUGGAAAUCAACAAUAAAAAAGGAGUUAACAGAAGUCUAA